AUGGGAUUAAUAAUUUCAAAAAUCCAUAAACAUGGACCAAACAGUGCCAAGAUUUUCAAAGUCAACAAUAUUGAUCUAGAAAAAGAGCGAACAACUUUACGACAUGAUAUUGUUCGUGUUAUUUUUAAAGGAAACUUUUCAUCACCCGUAUAUGAUUUAUUAAAUCAGGGUGCUUGGAUUUGCGAAAUGUCUUCAGAUUUUCCUCAAUGUGAAUUUGUUGGAACGGAAAUUGUCGAUAAGAUGCUUCCACAAAUAAAGCCCUCAAAAGUUUCAAUUGUUAAGGCAAAUAUUUUGGAAGGAUUGCCUUUACCAGAUAAGCAUUUUGAUUUUGUGAAUAUCCGAAAUCUUCUUUAUGAUUUCACAGAGUCAGAAUGGGUGAAUUUAGUAAUUCCAGAAUGUAUUAGGGUGCUAAAUAAUGGUGGAUGGAUUGAAAUUUCAGAUUCUGAAUUAAGUGUUCAAAACUGUGGACCAGAAACGCUCAGAGUAACAAGUAAAAAAUCCAAACACAUAAACCCUUUUAUCGUUUAUCGAAUUGAAGAAUUCAUGAAUUCCAGGCAAGAACUUCAUAGAAUUGAGCAUAUUUCAAGACCGUUUCAACUUGGCGUUUGGAAAAAUUCUCUGAAGGAUCCAUGUGCAAGAUAUAGUAAAGAGACUUUCGACGUGCUGGCAAAGUUUGCUGGCUCUAAAUCUGACAUCGAUGCCGUAACCAUAACUUGUAUGAACGAAUGUACCCUAAAUAGAUCUUACUUUAAUGUCUAUAGAUUUUAUGGACAAAGGUUAUAG